AAGCUUGGUGGAGUUGGUGGGGAACUCACCUUUCGAGCCCCACUAACUACAAAGUGUUUUCCCUUAAGAAUAUAAUUAAAUAAAAUUAAAAAAAAAAAAACAAAAAAAAAAAAAUGUCAAAUUUGGCUGUUUCAGCUAUUAAUGAAUAAUGAAAGAAAUAUUCCGCACUCCAUAUUUAAAAAAACAAAAUCCAAUCUUAAUCUUAAAAAAAAAAACCGUAGUUUUACCAAAACCCUAAACCCUAUAUGUUGAUUUGGAAGCCUUACCCCUAGGUAUUCUGACUCUCUGAGUACACAAGCCGUCUUCUUCCAUCCUCAUUUCUGCACCUGAAAUUGUGGAAUUGAGGAUCAAAUUAAAGGAAAAGGUUUGAGCGUAUUCCAGAAUUAUACCCAAAUCAUUUUUAUUAGCGUCUACAUUUUGUUCUUUAAUCGUAUUGUCUGAAUUCUCCAUUGAAGCGGCUUCUGAGAAACACUGCCCAGUGAACUGGUAACUUAUGGCUGGCAAGUCGAAUAAAGCAAGGAACCGGAAGGCAUCACAUGCCCCUGCUAAUUCUUCCCAGCCUCCUGUGUCAUUGGAGCCUCCUGUGUCAUUGGAUGCUUCUGCGAAUGACAGCCCAAAUGUCAUUGACAUCGCUGUUUGUGAAGCUAAUGGAAUUGUUACAGGUGAGGAGUCAGCUAGCACUCCACCUGCGGUUAUGGAGACAGAAUCCUCAAACGAGUCAAACCCACCUAAGCAAGGUGAACUUCAUCUUUAUCCCGUUUCUGUCAAGACCCUUGGUGGUGAGAAGCUGGAGUUGCAGCUCAACCCUGGUGAUUCUGUGAUGGACGUGAGGCAAUUUCUUCUCGAUGCACCUGAAACAUGUUAUUUUACAUGUUAUGAUUUGUUAUUGCAUGCUAACGAUGGUGUAGUUCAUCAACUAGAAGACUACAAUGAAAUUUCUGAAGUUGCUGACAUCACCACUGGUGAUUGUUCUUUAGAAAUGGUUGCAGCUUUCUAUGAUGACAGAUCUGUGAGGGCCCAUAUUCACCGCACAAGGGAAUUGCUUUCUCUUUCAACCCUUCAUGCAUCACUUUCAACCUCCCUUGCUCUACAGCAUGAGAAAUCACUUAGUGCUUCUGAGGGUGCACAAGAUUCAGCUAAAGCAGAAGUUCGAGAACUGGAUAAUUUUGGAUUUAUGGAGGAUGUUACUGGCUCUUUGAAUAAAUUGUUCUCCACUUGUUCCAAAGAGAUCAAAUGUAUUGAAAGUAUAGUGUUCUCAUCUUUUAACCCUCCUCCAAGUCACAGAAGGCUCGUUGGAGAUUUACUUUAUUUGGACGUGACUACAUUGGAAGGCGGCAAGUUUUGCAUCACGGGAACAACAAGAACGUUUUAUGUCAAUUCAAGUGCCGGGAACAGUUUAGAUCCCAGACCAUCCAAAGCUUCUCUUGAAGCAACUACUCUUAUUGGCCUCUUGCAAAGAAUUAGCUCAAAGUUUAAGAAAGCCUUUCGGGAAGUUUUGGAGCAGAAAGCCGCUGCACAUCCGUUUGAAAAUGUCCAAUCCUUGUUGCCUCCAAAUUCAUGGCUUGGUUCAUAUCCUUUACCUGAGCACAAACGUGAUGCAGCCAGGGCUGAAAAUGCACUAACACUGAUGUAUGGAAGUGAGCUAAUUGGCAUGCAAAGGGAUUGGAACGAAGAGUUGCAAUCAUGUCGAGAAUUCCCGCAUUUGACUCCCCAGGAAAGGAUUCUACGUGACAGAGCUCUAUAUAAAGUUACUUCUGACUUUGUUGACGCGGCUACAGAUGGUGCCAUCGGAGUCAUCAACAAAUGUAUACCUCCAAUCAAUCCGACAGAUCCUGAAUGCUUUCACAUGUAUGUGCACAACAAUAUCUUCUUCAGUUUUGCUGUUGAUGCGGACCUUGAGCAGCUGCCGCGGACCCACAUACAAAAUACUGAUUUGAAGUCCAAUGUUACUGGUAUUCGACAUGAUCAUAAUGGGAAAACUUUGAAUAAAUCAUCUGAUGGUGCAGCUGAUAUUUGCAAUGGGGUUGAAGCCAAUGCGUCGAAGAGAGAUGACAAGAAUGGUGCUGGAAUUGUUGCUACUGAUGUAUCUGCUGAAAUUCAAUUGGCUGAUAGUGAGCAAGCUACAUAUGCUUCUGCUAAUAAUGAUUUGAAAGGCACCAAGGCGUACCAGGAAGCUGAUGUACCGGGGCUGUAUAAUCUUGCUAUGGCUAUUAUCGACUAUAGAGGUCAUAGAGUGGUUGCACAGAGUGUUUUGCCUGGCAUCCUUCAAGGAGAUAAGUCAGACUCUCUUUUAUAUGGUUCUGUAGACAACGGCAAAAAGAUAUGCUGGAAUGAGGAUUUUCAUCUUAAGGUGCUUGAAGCUGCAAAAUGCCUUCAUUUAAAGGAGCAUACAGUCCUUGACGAGUCUGGAAAUUCAUUUAAACUAGCUGGACCCGUGGAAUGCAAGGGUAUUGUUGGUAGUGAUGACAGGCAUUACCUUCUGGAUCUGAUGAGGGUCACUCCUCGUGAUGCUAAUUAUACUGGAGCAGGCUCUCGCUUCUGCAUAUUGAGGCCUGAACUUAUAAGAGCAUUUUGUCAAGCGGAAGCUGCAAAGAGACCAACUUGUAAAUCAAAAACCGAGGAAAAUGAUUGCUUGGCUUCUGAAUUGUCAGAUGGUUCUAAGUUGGAUUUGCAAUCCGGUGACGUUUCUGCUGUAGAUCUGAGCAGCGAAGAUAUUAAUAAAGAAACAAGUAAUGAUGCUGAAGAAGUUGUGUCUGCUGCUACUGAAUUUGAAGCAAGUGAACAAAUAUGUUUCAAUCCAAAUGUAUUUACGGAGUUUAAGCUGGAUGGAUCUCCUCAAGAGAUAGCAUCAGAUGAAAAUAAUGUGAGGCAAGCUAGCAGUUAUCUCACUGAUAUUGUGCUACCAAAGUUCAUACAAGAUCUUUGCACACUUGAAGUUUCACCUAUGGAUGGUCAAACGUUGACUGAAGCACUUCAUGCUCAUGGAAUCAAUGUUCGAUAUAUUGGAAAGGUGGCUGAAGGGACCAGACAUAUGCCACAUCUUUGGGAUCUUUGCACUAAUGAGAUUGCAGUAAGGGCUGCAAAACACUUGCUCAAGGAUAUUAUGAGAGAUACAGAUGAUCAUGAACUUGCGCCUUCAGUCGCUCAUUUUUUUAACUGUUUCUUCGGCAAUUCUCAAGUCGUGUCUGAAAAAAACAGCAACAGCAAUUCGCUGCGUCGAUCGCAGAAAAAGGAGCAGGGAGGACAUCAGAAGCCUGCGAAGGGAAAGUACAGAUCAAGAACUGAGUCAUUUGUAAAAAAGGGUUCACCUUUAUACAUGGGAUUAAGUUCUGACGGAUUAUGGUCUGAUAUCUUGGAAUUCUCGAAAAUCAAAUAUCAGUUUGAUCUACCGGAGGAUGCAAGAAAUCGUGUGAAGUUAGUUUCUGUUAUUCGCAAUCUCUGUCAUAAGGUUGGAAUAAGUCUUGCAGCUCGUAAAUAUGAUCUUACUGAUGCAAGACCUUUUCAAAUAUCAGACAUCUUGAAUCUCCAGCCAGUUGUGAAGCAUUCAAUUCCUGUAUGCUCAGAAGCCAAGGAUCUUGUUGAGACUGGAAAGGUCCAGCUGGCCGAGGGUAUGCUUGGUGAGGCAUAUACAGCAUUCUCGGAGGCAUUUUCUAUACUGCAGCAGGUGACUGGUCCAAUGCAUAGGGAGGUUGCAAACUGUUGCAGGUACCUUGCAAUGGUUCUAUAUCAUGCUGGGGACAUGGCUGGAGCUAUAAUGCAGCAACAUAAAGAACUAAUUAUAAAUGAACGUUGCCUUGGUUUGGAUCAUCCUGAUACUGCUCACAGUUAUGGCAACAUGGCUCUUUUCUAUCAUGGACUUAACCAAACUGAGCUUGCUUUACGUCAUAUGUCGAGGGCAUUACUACUACUGAGCUUGUCCUCUGGACCUGAUCAUCCUGAUGUUGCUGCAACUUUCAUAAAUGUUGCAAUGAUGUAUCAAGAUAUUGGAAAGAUGGACACAGCUCUUCGAUACCUGCAAGAAGCUCUGAAAAAGAAUGAGAGGCUUCUAGGGGAGGAGCAUAUCCAAACUGCUGUGUGUUAUCAUGCUCUUGCUAUUGCGUUUAAUUGUAUGGGUGCCUAUAAACUUUCUCACCAGCAUGAAAAGAAGACGUAUGAAAUACUUGUCAAGCAACUUGGGGAAGACGAUUCAAGGACGCGUGACUCACAAAACUGGAUGAAUACAUUUAAGAAGCGUGAGGAUCAGAUGAAUUCGCAGAAACAAAAGGGACAAGCUCUUGAUGCAACUGCUGCUCGAAGAGCGGUUGAUAUUUUGAAGGGUCUACAAGCAGCUGCUGCAGCUGGAGGAUCUCGUAGCUCAUCUGUUUCCGUGAACAAAUCCUUAAAUGCAGCUAUGAUUGGGGAAACUGUAACUCGGGGAAGGGGAGUUGAUGAAAGAGCAGCUCGUGCUGCAGCUUCAAUCAGGAAGAAAGCUGAUGCUAGAAGACAGCUGCCUCGUACUCAUGCUACCCCAGUUCAACCUGGUAGUCAACUCCUGAAUAUUAGAAGUUCAGGGAUGAUUCCUGAGUCGAAGGAAGGUGGCGAAGUGAACAAACAAAGAAAAGGAACUCCUCCUGCUGUUGGGCCUGAAGAUCCUACAGAGAAGAUUGUUCAAGGUGAGCGACCAAAUCAGGCCCCGGUCGGUCUAGGUAAAGGCUUAGGGUCAUUGGAUGCUAAAAAGCAGAAGAACAAACCAAAAGGUUCAAGUUGAUCAUAACGUGAGUUGUUCCAGUCUGACAGUGUAGAACCUCCUGCCUUGCUGACAUAUGGAGAUGUCUGUCACUCUGCUCAGGCUUCGAUUUUCCUAGAUUUUUUUUUUCCUUGUGGUUAAUUAGCCGCAUCAUUGCUUUGUAUCGUACAAAGCUUUAGGACAACAAUCUUAUUAUUGUUUUAUAUUCUUUAAAUAAUAGUUGCUGCUAUGUUUAUGGCGGUUUUUGAUGUAGUGUAGCAUAGGUUGGUGUUUCCUUGAUAAAUUUGGCUGCUUUGACAUGCUAUUCAUCCAACUUUUUAUGAUUGUACUUGUAGAGGUGCAUCAUAUAUUCAUUUUAUGUAGUUGACAUUUGCUGAGCUGAUAACUGACAACAUAAGGUUUACUUUUAUAGAGUUAUUAAUUGUAUUAAUAUCUCACUUGGUUGUGCCA